UUCAUCGGCACUUUAUUUCUUUCUUAAAUUAUCUCGUACACACAAUUUGCAUGAAUGCAUGUAUUUCAGCCUGAAAAAUAAUGUGAGUGUACUCUGUAAACUGUUCGAAAACAUACACACAGUAAAACGUACAAACGCUAAAUAUUAAAUUAUUUAGCCAUUUGACCCUCCAGUAAUAGAAACGCAAAGUCAAAAGCGCGUCAACUUGACGUCAUACUUAAAGUGUCAAGCAAAUAGAAGAAAAUAAUGUUUGAAGAAAUAAUUAAAUACGAGCACAUAAAUUACGAAUCGACAAUAGCAGUAUGGGCGAGCACCAUAAUAUGGACGUGUUUCUACAAUUUCGUACGGUAUUUGUUACCAGAUAUACCGUUUACUCAUCCGGAAUGGAAAACCAAUUAUACUCAAUCGUUUUUGAUGGUGUUCAGCUUGGGAUAUUUUAUAUACGAUCUGAUUUGGAUGUACUUAUUUGAACUGCAACAGGAAAAAUUGAUGAUCACCCAUCACAUUUAUUGUAUAGUAGCGCUGUUCAAGAUGUUGUUUAAGGGAACUUCCGGCGCUCAAGCGACUUGCGCAUUGGGGAGUAUGGAGAUAACUAAUCCGUUUCUGCAAUACAGGUGGUUCAUAAGAAGCGAAGGCAUGUACCCCUCGGCGUUGCAUUCGGCGAUGGAAACGACGUUUUAUAUUAUAUUUUUCCUUGUAAGGAUAGUACUAGGUUCUUAUUACAUGGUUGUUAUAUUAAGGCAGGAACACAAUGAUGUGGAUUUCAUUUUUUUGGCGCUAGCUAUUUAUGUUAUUUCGUGGAUGUUUCAAAUCAAUAUUAUCAAAUGUAUAUUGGUUAAAUACGGAUUUGUAGAAAAAAUAAAAUAUAAUUAACUACAUUGAUAUUUACUUCGCUAUAUAGGCAUUCGCUCCGUACGUGACAGCAGCGCCAAUUAAUUUAUGUACUAAUGGACUAUUUUUCUAAUACUGACA